CCAAGCACAAAAGCGGAAGUGAGCAAAAAACAAUUAACGAUGGAGAAGCUUUUCUGUGACACAUGGAGACAGAUGUUACAGUGAUGGAUGGAAACACCGCGCAGAGCUUGAGUGAAAUGUCUAAAGCCGAGAAACUGCGGGGUUUUGUUACCGAGACACUCGCGGCUGCCUCGCGGGAGAUAUUAACGCUUUUCGACACGGUUGUAGCCGCAUAUGAGGAGGAGGCCUCUGGGUUCCGACGAGAGAUUGACUGGCAGAGGAGACAGCUGGAGCUCCUGCAGCCUCAGGUUACUGUCAGCGCAGCUGGUGUGAAGAGCAGCAGAAACCAGGGCUCUGUUGAGGAAGAGGAGUCGAAUGAGCUUCUGAAGAGUCUGGUCUCAACUGCUCCAUCAAGGUCGUUGGUGCCUCGACGUCAGCAUGCACGAAGAAAGCCCUGCAGACCUCAAAUAAGCAAAAUGCACAACACCCUAAACUUCAAAAUCUGCAUCCUGGAGGACCCUCAGAUCAAAGUCCUCACUAAAAACGUAGUUAAGACCUGUCCAAUCCUCAACCUGAAGUGUCCUCGAGACCUGCAGGAAGCAGAUUUUCUGGACUUGCUGAGAUCUGCCGUUCCUCAGCUGGCUGGACACGGCAGAGCGUUUGACUUUCUAACUUUGGACAAGAGACGGAGACUAAAACCUCUGAAACUGAAGACGAUGACGGCGGAGGAGAUCUACAACAACAUGAGCUGCACAGGACUGAGCAGGCCAACGCUCCACAUCCGGCUGAAGACACAAGAGGAACCUCGGGAAGCGACUGUCCCUCAGACAGAAACCAGCAGCUCUGUCAUGUCCACGUGUGAGAAAACAAAGCAACAAAGCAGCUCUGCUCAGGCAGCUGAAGGCAGCAGACUGGACGACAUGUCCAUUGGCUCAGUGUCACACCAACAAGAAGCCGGUGAUGAAGACCGUGGGAUGCUGGAUCCAGAUGAGGACUCUCUGCUUCACGCAGAAGAAAACCUUGACGGGGAGGAGAGCGACAGCAGCUGGAAACCAGAGCGAAGAAAGACCGACUCCAAGCCGCAGCCAGAGCUGACGGAGAAACAAAAAGUGACACUUCCUGUCAGCUUUCCGGCCGGGAACAGCAUCGCUGCUUUUCCCUGUAAAGUCUGCGGCGCUCCAAACAGAUCGGAGGUCGCGCUGGUCAAACACGCCUGGACUCACGGAGAUGAAGCAGGGGGUGUUUGUGGAGUGUGUGGGGAGUCUGUGGAGGGGCUGAAGGACCACCUGGAAAGUCGACACAAAACAAAGGACUGUCAUCUGUGUGGAGAGUCGUUCCUCUGCAGCCUCAGCCUCAACGAGCACGUGGCGGGCCACUCAGGCCAGCGACCGUUCAAAUGCAGCGUCUGUCACGGUGAGUUUGCUUUAGAGGAGACUCUGGAGGACCACCAGAAACUCCACGAGCCGGGUCACAGAUGCCAGAUCUGCCGCAAGGUGUUUGAGCUGGAGGAGCAGCUGAAAGCUCACAGCAGGACUCACACCAGCAGCAAGACGUAUCUCUGCGGCGUGUGUGGCAAGUUCCUCCGAGACAACCGCUCCCUAUCCCGCCACAAGAAGACCCACUCUGUGGAAAGACCCCACGGCUGCCAGGUGUGUGGGAGGAGCUUCAAGCUUCCCACCACGCUGAAGCAGCACGAGAAGAUCCACACGGACAGAGAGAGGUCGUACCUCUGCGACGUGUGCUGCAAAAUGUUCCUGACCAGCAAGCAGCUGCUCAUCCACAUGAGGACGCACACCAACGAGAAGCCGUACCACUGCGACGAGUGCGGGAAGGGCUUCACCACCAAGGGGCCGCUCACCAUCCACAUGAGGGUCCACACGGGCGAGACGCCGUACCGCUGCGCGCACUGCGGCUGGUCUUUCAAACGGAAAACGCACCUGGACAACCACGUGGCCAUCCACACCGGCGCCAAGCCCUACGUGUGCGGGAUCUGCGGGAAGACCUGCGCUCGCAAAACCUACCUGACCGUUCACAUGAGGACCCACAACGGGGAGAGACCGUACAAGUGCAGCGCCUGUGACAAAGCCUUCACCCAGAGCCACUGUCUGAAGAGCCACAUGAAGAGCCACCGGGCGGCAACGGCGGCUCCGUGACGCAUUUCUAACUUUUUACUCUUUCAUGGUUUUACUCAUUCAUUUCAUGUUUCUGUAAAAGCACAAAAUUACUAAAUAAAAUGUGUCUGAAAAUCUU